AUGCCUAGUCUCUUUGAAAGGGUCGGUCGUGGAAAUGACUAUACUGUCCACAAUGUCAUCGCUUCCGACCCACUCGAUUUAGACAAACCCCAGGAGGUCAAAGGCGUCCGGAUGGGAAUCGUAGAGUUUAGGGCCAGCACUGAUAUUCAACGACGGCAAGGCUGGAUGAGAGCUGCAGAAUUCGAUCACCCCCCAUUCCUCCAAAGAUUACCAGGCUGGAAUACUCGAAAUUACAAUAAGCUCGGAUUUGAGGCUAUACAUGUAAACAGUCCGGACUACUCCCCUGGAAAUAGAAGCUUGAUACCGACAUAUGUUAUUCUUCCUCAUGAUGCAGUGAUACCUUCACGCGCAGAAUUUUUCAAGAUGACGGAAGUUGUGGUUAGGUUUAUACCACCUACCAAAGUUCCGGGACGUUGUUCAGAAUUAGCAAGCUUGACAGGAAGAUGGUCCCAGGCUGAUGGAAUCCUUAUUUUUCGGCACGACCUGGGUCCGUGGAUGUAUACUCAUGGGUAUGAUGUGCGACAUUAUAAGGAUGGGGAACCUGCGAUUGAAGGUCUCUAUUUUUGGGAUUCUGCAUCAACUUUCGGGAAAGUUACCCGCAGGUUUUGA